AUGACUGAAUCUGUCUGGGGUACUUGGACGUUCUCGCCGACCGACCCUAUCGUCAUUUCGUCAAUUUGGCAUGACAUUACCACCGGACCACUGACUCACGUCACGCGGCCAUUGAGCGAAAACAGCGGUGACAUCGCGCAGUGGCUUCGAUAUACCGACAAAUAUCAACGAGGCAUCUCCGCAGGUGUCAGCAAAGACAACAGCAUCCGAUGUGUGCUGCGAGUUGCUUGGAUCAGGUACGAGUCGAAGACCAGAGAAGUUCGGGUCCCUCAGGCAAGCUUCGAGGACUUGAUACAUGCCCUUCAUUUUCGACAGGUACUCUUCAAAGUGAAGGCAUCGUAUUCGGCUUUGGGCAGCAAAGUCAUCGACACCGUCCGCUUCCAUUGCUUUUCUAACCACCCGAGACUCAUUCUCAUGUGGUCGACCUCCGGCUCCAGACUGCCCACAAGCUUGGUCUGCAUUGCUGAACAAGCUAAAAUUGACAUAUUUCAGACGCUGCUCAAAGAGCCGGACUUUCAACGUCUAGCGGGCACGGAGGUGGUGCCUGCGCUAUUGUGCGCACAGCUGAGCCGCUUUGAGAUAGACCAGCGGUUGACCGAGUUGAAGAGCGUUGUCAGAGAGGUCGAGGUGCGCACAGGGCACCAUCGGUUCUAUACCCGCGUGGAGCCUCCCGCCUUGGGAGAUCUAUGCAAUCUUGCUGCAGCCAUGAGUGGGUCCGUCACCAGAGCAGCGUCAGCCACGAGGAAACUCGGCAUUAUUAGGGAGCUGAUCAGCUUCGCUCUCGAUGAGGACGCUGAGAUGGCCCGCUCUGUUGAUGACAACGUCUCAACGAGCGUGACGACUGGGGAGAUGCCGUCGGACAGGGUCAAAGUCCAGAAGCAGCUACAUUCUGUGAGGCGUCAGAUGGACCUGCAAGAGCUGGACCUGGAAUACACUCGAUGUCGAAUCAACACACAGCGUGAAGCCGUCCUUCACCUCAUCUCUGCAGAUGACGCAAAUACCAGCAACAAAGUGGCCAGCGACGCUCGUGCGAUCGCCCUCGCGUCUCGCCAGAUCUCCGCCAGUAUGCACAUUUUGGCCGUCAUCAGCGUGUGCUUCUUACCUGCCACGUUCGUUGCCUCGCUGUUCAGCAUGCCGCUCUUCGACUGGCAAGAUGACAUUCCAACCUAUGAUGAUGUGCAAAGCGGUCCUGACGAUCCACAUGCUCCGAAUGCCCCCCACGAUACAUGGCGCUCCCGUCUCGCGCUCUACGCAGCGGUAACGGUUCCCUUGACACUGCUCACGUAUUUGAUCUGGUGGCUGUGGUCUGUCAUCAAAUCUGCCCAGGUACGCGACAAAAGAGUGGUCCAAGAGAAGAUGGAAAUGCCAUUCAUCACGGCUCUCGAGUACCAGAAGUCACUCUACUGGCUGAGAAGCGCAGAACAAUCAUCGGGCAAGGCGCCGCGGACCGACCUGGUGCCGCGAGAGUUGAGGAUGCGUCGGCUUAGCCGCAGCGCUGAGCGGUGGAAGUAUUGGCCCACGCCGAGCACCUGUUGUGUCAAGCAAGAGAUUCGUUUCAUGCGUCGAUUUUCUUCGCCAGAAGAGCGGCUUCUGUGA